GGGAGAGGGGUGUGGUGGUUCAGGACUGGACCGCUCUUUAACUACUCGUUGACGUCACCGCAAAGAGGAAAACGUCGGUGUCGGAGUUGAAGGAGCAGGCGCUCCAGAAGGCGCAGGAGAUGUCCCGACAGGCGGCAGAUGUGGCGGCCAAGGGUCAGGAGGUGGUGCCAGAACAGGCGAAGACCCUGUUCCAACGCUUAAAAAGCAUGGGUUACAAGCGAUGGGCACUGGUGUUGGGGGCGAUGGGAGGGGUUUUUACCGCGCUGGCGGCACCGGUCCUGCUGAUUGUCGGUCUGCCAGCUCUCGUCGUCGUGGGAGGCAUCCUCCUUUUCUUCUCUCCGCUCAUCCUGGUCACCUCACCGCUAUGGAUUCCCGUCGUCCUCUUCUUCCUCACUGUCGGUGGAGGUCUGGCGGCGACUGCGGCUGCGAUAGUCGGCCUGUGGUGGUUGUACCGAUAUUUCAGGGGACCGAUGCCCCCAGGCGGCAAGCAGAUGUACAGGGUCAGGGAGCAUGUCAGGGGCGUCGUGCAGCGCACGACGGGUACCAUAGCCAAGAAGGGGCACCAGAUCACUGACGCCAUGAACAUCACGACGCCCUCCUCCACCGAGCAGACGGAUUUUCAGGAGAAACUGAAACUGAAGGAUGUAGUUGACAAAGCCGACGAAGCCAGGAAAAAGGACUUGGAGGAAAUAUCCAGGUUGAAGGCCAUCAGAGAGAAGAGUGAAAAAAAAAAAGAAAAGGGUAAGAAUGAGAAGAAGGCUGGGAAAAAGAAGAAUGGUCGUGAUAAAGAGAAAAGGAAAAUUGUGGAGGAUGGGAGAGAAGAUGAGAUGAAAAAAUGGGUCGUUGAGAAUUUCGGGAAUUCAUUAAGAAUCUUGGCAGAAAAAUUGGAUGUUGUCAAAAAGAAAUCCAAGACUACAGAGAGUGAGAGGGGGGAGUUGAAGUUGUGGAGGGCUGAAAAAGAGCUGAGCGAAUUACGGGAGAAUUCAAGUGUAGAGAAAGGCAAACGGGAACCGGUGUCACCAGUGCGUCCACGGACGAACAAGACCAGAUCACGAUCCAGUAUGCCGAAAAAAGGCAGCAAAGGGAAUAAGCCAGUCGAAGUGUCCUCUGACGAUAGUGGGAAAGAGAGAGUUGUUGUAGUACAGUACCUGGGAGGGAAAAUGGAAGACAUGGCCGGAAAUUUGAAGGAAGGAGCACAGUUGAAAGACCUUCUGCUGGAGAUUUUGGCUGCAAAAGGGAAAGAAGCUAGCUGUAGCAAUAGUGGAGGUAAUCGAGACGAAGGAAAAAGAGCAGAUGCGCUGGAUGGAGGUGAGGGGAAGAAGGUGACGACUGAGGGGGAUGAGGGCACGACGAAAGGAACAAGAAAGGAGGAAUGUACGCUUGACCUAUACUUCAAAUAUAGGAUCGUGUACUAUGAUGCCAUGCACUACACAGAGAUCCAGGACAUGUGCAAGAAGAGAGGGGUUGCUUACAGAAGGAAGGAAGCUGGGGUAUGGGAGUUAGCAAGAUUGGACUUCGAGGUGCUUUUGAAGAUGGAAAAACCUGCAGAGAAAGAAGCGGAUACGGACUCCAAGACCAAUGAAGAAGAAGCUUCAGAAGAAAGUUCGAGUUCCAAAUCGGAAAAGAGCCCAGACGAAGAAGAUGAUAUUGCGGGAAACUAGGGGGGGCUAGCAAGCGGUCAAUACUGAGAUUAUAUAAGAAGCUCUGUCUACUUCGGGGAAGACAAGAGCCAGGGAUACAAAAAGUAGUUGAUUGUUUGCUGAAACUCUUGGUUCUGACCUUAUGCUUGAGAGGGAAUAUGAAUUGGGGAAGGGCAUAUGUAAAAUAUUGGUUUGACAUGUGACCAACUGAAAGGGAUCGGAUCUUUAACGUUGAUUCUUGUGUUUAUGUCUUAUUAUCUCCUUUUUUCAAAUUGACUUAUGUUGGGAAGGUAAAAAGGAAUCUUCAUACCGUAUGGAAAGAGCACAUACAGUCGGCCAGAAAAACACCCAAGUAGAAACUGCAUAGGUGGUUCGAGAAGGUGAGAGAUGUCAACUAUGUUACUCUUCCCAUUUGGUUUGGAGAUAAACAUGCUCUAGCUAG